AUGGCGAUUUCGAAGAAGAGAACAAUGACACGAAGAUUAACUCUAGAAGAAGAGAAAGAAAGAGAAGACCAAGACGAUAUCGUUAGAGCUGCUUUCGCGAUAAGCCACAUGAUGUUCAUCCGCGACAUAACCGAAGCUGAUGCUAAUACUCAAGCUCUGUCGGCGCGUAAGAGGAGGAAAAUCGUGGAGGAAGACAACUCCGAAGAAACAUUAGACCUACUCCUCCGAUGGAUCAACGGAACGAAGAUUCGACCUGAAGAGAUCGUGGGACGAUGCAGCAAACCGAUACGGAAGCAGCUAACGGAGAGCGACGUGAAGGAAGAUCAGAACAGGCUUAUGUUAGGGAAGCUUCAAGUGGAGAAGACGAUGGUUCCCCUUCUCAAAGAAUCAGAGAUUCCACGUGGGACAAACGGGCUCGAGGUUAUGGUUUACGGACCAGACGGGAAGGUUCAUGAAAUGAUGUUCAAGUUGUGGAAUAAGAAGACACCUGUGUUGACGUGCGGAUGGAACAAGUUCGUGGCAACUUAUGGGCUCAAGAUGCAUUGCGAUUUUCUCACGAUUUCGAUGUUUAGGCACGUAGUGACUCGUGAGAUUUGUUUUGCUAUUAACUCCACUAGGCUUCCUGUAAAGAGGCAGUUGAGUAGAAGGAUCUCGAAGAUUGCCUUCAAGCUCUAG